CUAGCAGACACGUCGCCCUAGCAGACACGUCGCCCUAGCACCGUGGGACUGAAGAGCCUGUGGGCCGUCUGCAGCCCCAGCCUGGGCUUGAGGGGGCCGGGGCCCUGGCCGGCAUCUCCAUCAGCCCCUUGGGGGUUUAUCAGGAGGAGGAUGCUGGAGGCCCCGCCCCUGCUGCUGGCCGCUGGCGCCGUAGGCCUGGCCCUGCUCGCGCUGCGGUGGCUGGCCCUAUCGGACCUGCGGCUCUUCGGCUGGGCCUUUAUCGGCUGGAACGAGUUCAUCGUGAAGCCCGUCCGCAGCCUCCUCAUGGGCAGCAGCAAGGAGCAACGCAUCCUGCAACACGUGCUUCAGCACGCGGAGGCCGGGGACCCGCAGAGCGUGGUGGCCGCCAUCGACAGCUACAGCUCGGAGAAGGAGUGGGCCAUGCACGUGGGCGAGAAGAAAGGCGAGAUCGUGGACACUGUGCUGAGGGAGCAGCGGCCAUCCGUGCUGCUGGAGCUGGGCGCCUACUGCGGCUACUCGGCGGUGCGAAUGGCCCGCCUGCUGCUGCCGGGCGCCCGGCUGCUCACCAUCGAGCUCAACCCCGACUAUGCCGCCAUCACCCAGCGGAUGGUGGAGUUUGCAGGCCUGCAGGACAAGGUGACUGUUAUUCUUGGAGCAUCCCAGGACAUCAUCCCCCAGCUGAAGGAGAAAUAUGACGUGGACACACUGGACAUGGUCUUCAUCGACCACUGGAAGGACCGCUACCUGCCGGACACGCUUCUCUUGGAGGAGUGCGGCCUGCCGGAAGGGACAGUGCUGUUGGCUGACAACGUCAUCUUCCCUGGGGCGCCCGACUUUCUGGAGUACGUGCGCGGGAGCAGCCGCUUCGAGUGCUCGCACUUCAGCUCAUACCUGGAGUACUCCAAGGUGGUGGAUGGCUUGGAGAAGGUCGUCUACAAGGGCCCCGAGCGACCCCCGCUCGGCCCUGAGCCCUGCUCGGGGUCCCCCACCAUGCCUGGCCCUGGAGGGUGAGGCGGCCCCAGCCCUGGGCGCCCGCGUCCGCAGCGCUGGUCUUUCCUCAGGGCAGGAGCCCCACGGCUGCCCCCUGCAGCUCCAGGCUGUCACGCUGGCCUGCCCCGAGCACGGCCAGCUCCCCUUCCAGAAUCGUGG